AUGGCAGCCAAGGAGGCGGCUGAGGCCCAGUCCAAGGUGGAGGAGCUUCGGACGCAGCUGGAGGCAGCGAUCAAGGAGGAAGCCCAGCAGCAGGCACACAAGGCAGCGCAGCAGGAGCUGAGCAAGGCCCAAACCUCCUUCACGGAGGCCAUCGCCAAAGCAGCGGUGGAGGCUGGGGAGCUGCGGCGCAAGGUCAACGACCUUCAGCAGGACUUGGAGAAGGCCAAAGGCGAGGCCAAGGCUUCCGAGCAGCGGGCGGAGGCCGCCAUGUCCAAGCUGGCGGCACUGCAAGCGGAGCGCCGCCCCGGCCAAAGCCAGGGCCAAGGCCCCGAGAAAGAGAUCCAGGCGCUGAGGACCCGCCUCUCCGGUGCCGAGAAAAGGAACCAGGAGCUGGUUGAGGAGCUGAAGACCUUGAAGGCCAAGGUGGUCAAGGACACCGACACGGAGGCCAAGGCGAAGAUCGAGCCCGUGAGCCACCCCACCCCGGUGAAGUCUUCGGGCCCUUCCUGGGCCGACGUGCUGGAACAGGAG